AUGCCAGCUGUCACGACCUUCAUCUGCGGCCGCGGUUAUAAUGUAUUUUUGGGGGAUGGAAGUUUUGUGCGAGAACGCCGAGGAAUUUCUGUGUUUUCUGGCAACUUUAAUAAGCUUGGCCACUCUGCUGACAAGACGGAGAGGCCAGACGUUGCCCUGCAGAACCGCCAAGUAGGCCUAUAUAAGAGGCAAGUAAGCGACAAAAAGAGAGUUGUUCAGCCAUCGAACUGUGCAGCUCCAACUUCUAACCUCGUACUUCUCAGCUUUGACUUAGAGAAUCAAUAUUUGAUAAACGGCGUCAGUCCGACCAGGAAUAAGGAAUUCAUCCGGAUCUACUUAGUGGGAUACUUCAUGCCGUAUUUUUACUGUCUCUGUGAAAUAUCCGGAUCUUCUCACAAGUUGACUAAUGCCGUAACCUUAUUUCUCAUAGAGACGAGUUGUUUUUGCGAAAAUCCCACACUUGUGCAGUUAACCGAACCUAUUAAGAAAGAUGAUUGGCGUUUUAUUGCUCAGUAUUUCUCGGUACCUCAUUCAGGUUCAGCAACCAAGAAAGUAAUUAAGGAACUAGUAAUAGAAAAUUUAAUUCAAAGAGAAUUGCUUCCCUCUGAGGCCACCGAUUAUUUAAAUCCUCAAGAUUCCGAACUACUUGAAAUUAGAGAUGCUUCUAUUUUGUCUGACCACAAAGAUGAAUCUUGGUCCACCGCCCGACUUGAAUUUGAAAAGAAUGCUUUAGAUCUAAAACUUCAGUUAGAAAAACAAAAAUUAGAAGAGAAGGCAAAAGACCGAGAAAUAGAAAUAGCUAAACUUAAGUUAGAAGAAAGAAAAUUAGAAGCUACAUUACGUGGCACAUGCAAUAAUGAUUUUAUCAUUAAUGAAUCAUUUAACCUAACUAAGAAUUUGCCCCUUGUUCCUUCAUUCCUUGAAAGCGACCCUGAUGGCUCAUUUCGUAACUUUGAGAAAACUGCUGAACACUUUAAAUGGCCCCGUACCGAGUGGACUUGGCUUCUUCAACCGAAAUUAAACGGUAAAGCUGCCGUCACCUUUUCAAAUCUUGAUUGCAUUGAUGAUUAUGACACUGUAAAACAGUCUAUUCUUGAUGCUUAUGCAAUCACACCUGACAGCUACAGACAAAAGUUUCGAAGUCUUACCAAGAAUGCUCAUAGUACCUUUGCCGAAUUUUUUACAGAGAAAGUCAGGUUGUUUAACAAAUGGUUGGAUGCAACUUCAACUAAGUCUUUCUCACAAUUAAAAGAUCUCCUUGUAUUUGAGGAAAUAAAAAGAAAGUUACCCUUCGAUAUUCUCAAGCAUAUAGAAGAGAGAGGUGAAACCGAUCUCCUUAAGGCAGCACAAAUAGCAGAUUCGUUUGCGCUUUUGAAAAGGUCACAGCUGGGUAAGGUAGACAAGGUUAACUUUUAUGUACAGUCCUCCUCUGGUGAUAACCUUGGGAAUAGUGGUGGUAAAGCUGGCAAAAAUACAUUAAACUUUUGUUUGUAUUGCAAGCGAGCAGGUCAUACCAUAGACAAAUGCCAAGACCCAAAGUGUAGAAAGUCUAGCAUAAAUGUAAGACAAUUCACAAAUCCAAGUAUCAAAUCUUUUGAAUCUAAGCCUGUGACAAGUGUGAAUAACGUAAACUCUCCAGAUCCCUUCACUGAUUUUAAAUCUCGAGGAACUGUCUCCCUUCAUUCGAGUAAAUCGUAUCCUGUACUCCUCCUUAGGGACACGGGAGCUGCCCAAAGUAUCAUUCAUAAGUCUGCUCUACCCUGGAUUGAGACAAAAUAUACAGGUGAAAAAGUUCUCGUUAAAGACCUAACUUCAAAAAUAAGCUAUAAACUAGCUAAUAUAUUUCUCAGUUCUGACUUCGUAUCAGGGGAAGUAAAAAUAGCUGUAACAGACCAGGUUUUUCCUAUAGAGGGAGUAAACUUAAUUCUAGGACAUGAUCUGGCAGGGAAAUUAGUUUACCCUACAAUUAAAGUUGUCACCAAGCCUUUGCCUUAUAGCCCAACCAAAAAACUGGAUCAGAAGCAACCUCAUAUUUUCCCUGUAUGUGCUGUUACCCGUUCUCAGAAAUUAAAUAGAGAGGCCUCCUUGGUAAAAGGAGACCCUGUUGAUAAUUUAAUCUCGCAAGAUAUCACUCGAAGCAAAUUAAUUGUAGCCCAGAAUGAGGAUCCCUCUCUUGCUAAAUGCAGACAUGCUGCUUCCGAUAGUCUUGCUGAUCAAAAGGUCCCUGGGUUUUAUUAUCAUGAUGGACUAUUGAUGAGAGUAUUUCGCCCUCCUGAACUCCGUGCUUUAGAUACAUGGGCAGAGGUACACCAAGUAGUUAUUCCCUUGUCAGUUCGGGAAUCAGUCGUGAAACUUGCACAUGAUGGUUUAGCAGGUCACAUGGGUAUUCAAAAGACCUACAAGAAGGUACUUCAAAAUUUCUAUUGGCCAGGUAUGAAGAAAGAUAUUGCAUUAUUUAUCAAGUCUUGCCAUGUGUGUCAGGUUGGAGGAAAACCCAAUCAAAUAAUUCCAAGAGCUCCUCUACAACCAAUUCGGGUAGUCUCCGAUCCUUUUGAGAGAAUUGUGAUUGACUGUAGAUUCAAUGUGAUAAAAGGUAGUAACUUUACAAGCGACUUACUUAAAGAAGUCUUAAAAGGUUUAGGUAUCUCGCAACAGAUGUCAACAGCUUACCACCCACAGUCACAAGGUUGCCUCGAGAGAUUUCACCAGACUUUAAAGUCAAUGCUUAAAAAGUAUUGCUUAGAAACUGAGGGUUCCUGGGACGAGAACAUUCACUUUCUACUUUUUGCCCUGCGUGAAUGUCCACAAGAAUCACUUGGAUAUUCUCCCUUUGAAUUGUUGUAUGGAAGACAAAUUAGAGGUCCCCUUAAAGUUCUUAAAGAUCAGUGGUUUUCAGACACAUCAGCCAACCCUAAUCAAACAGUGGCAUCUUACAUAGAUAAUCUUAGAUCGAAGUUAUCUGAUGCAAGGAAAUUGGCUCUCUCUAACCUUCAUACCACUCAAAAUAAAAUGAAGUCUUCUUAUGAUUUAAAAUCUCAAAUUCGAGAAUUCUCUCCAGGAGACAAAGUUCUCCUCUUCCUUCCAAUUCCUGGAAGUCCUCUAAAGAGCAAAUUCACUGGACCUUAUGUUAUUUCCCAUAAAGUUUCUGACUGCAAUUAUGUAGUUCAAACUCCUGAUAGACGUAAAGAUACUCAGUUGGUACAUAUCAACUUAAUCAAAUCUUAUACCGACAGGCAGCCAAAGGAGGACUUUUCCAAAGGCAAAUCCAUUGCAUAUAUGAUUCGUCUGGAAUCUCCCAUAAUUUCUGUGUCUGAAGAGUAUAUUCAGGAGACUGAGGAUUGUGUAGAAAUUCCAGCUCCUCAUAAUCCACAUAACUCUGAGAUAAUAGCUAAUCUCCAUGAAUAUUUAAGUUUCUUAUCUCUUUCAAAGAUACGUGAUGUAUCUCUUAUCUUAAAAGACUUUCCUCAGGUAACAGCUGACAACCCAGGGUUUUGUGGACAUACUCUACAUGAUGUUCAACUCGCUCCCGAGGUAAGACCCAUUAGGCAAAGUCCAUAUAGACUCAGCCCAGAGAAGAAGGCUAUUAUGAAGAAGGAAGUAGAUUAUCUACUUGAUCAUGGUUUAGCAGAACCUAGUAACUCUCCAUGGGCUUCACCCUCACUGCUAGUGCCAAAACCUGAUGGCACAAGUAGACUAUGUACAGAUUAUAGAAAGAUAAAUCAAGUAACUAUACCUGACUCCUAUCCUCUUCCUUUAAUUGAAGAACUUGUAGACUCAAUAGGACAAGCAAAGUUCAUAACUAAAAUUGAUAUGCAGAAGGGUUACUAUCAAAUAGGAUUAACAGAAAAUGCUAAAAAUAUAUCUGCUUUUAUAACUCCUUUUGGUUUAUAUAAUUAUACAGUAAUGCCUUUUGGGAUGUGUAAUGCACCAGCCACCUUUCAACGAGCAAUAAAUUAUACAAUUCAAGGACUUGAAGGUGUUAAGUCGUAUUUGGAUGAUUUGCUUGUGAUCUCUGACUCAUGGGAUGUUCAUAUCCGUAGGCUACGCUCUCUGUUCUCCCGCUUAGAUGAAGCUGGAUUCACCAUCAACUUAGCCAAAUCUAAAUUCUGCAGUGCCACCGUGACCUACUUGGGACAUAUCGUAGGUCAAGGACGGACUCUACCCAAGCAAGCCAACGUAGAGGUGAUCCUGGCAUAUCCCACUCCAACAACUCGGAAGUCUCUCAUGAGAUUUUUGGGUAUGGUGGGGUUCUACAGACGCUUCUGCAGCAACUUCUCAUCUGUAGCUGCGCCUCUAACGGAUAUGACCAGCUCUAAGUGUCCUUUCCAGUGGGGUCCUGAAUGUGCUGAAGCUUUUAAUAAACUGAAACUCUUCAUUUCCUCAGAACCAGUGCUGAGAACUCCUAACUACUCACGUCCUUUCAGUCUGCAAAUUGACGCUAGUGGCCAUGGCGUUGGAGCCGUGCUACUUCAAGAGGAUGAGGAGACUCGAAUAAUGCAUCCAGUUUCGUACUUCUCGGCAAAGCUCAAGAAACAUCAGACACGGUACUCGACCAUAGAACGUGAAGCUUUAAGUUUAGUAUUAGCCCUGAAGAAGUUCGACUGCUACCUUCAUAGCCGUCAACCUGUGGUGGUGUAUACCGACCACAAUCCUCUGGUCUUCAUCAAUCGCAUGCAGAAUCAAAAUCAACGCAUUCUUCGGUGGUCUCUUCUUCUUCAGCAGUACAAUCUCGUCGUCAAACACAUCAAGGGAGUAGAUAACGUCAUCGCCGACAGCCUGUCCAGAGAACUUCCAACAUCUACCGAAGAUCUCGCCAACGACAUCCUCGUCCGUCAAAACUACCGAGGAUUUAGAGGGGGAGGGCCCCCUUGUCGGGCCGACUCGGGCGGCAGUGGCCCGGGUCUCUGCUUCUGCACAAGCCGUCCACUCAUGCUCCGGCUGCGCUACCAUGAACAUUCAUCUCCAGUGAACAGUGCAACCAGACCUCAAGACCCUUCUAACACCCCCGUCAAGACCCAGCGAAGGCCCCCCGGGUUGCCAGCAGCAUGGAGCUUCGGCAGCAUCACGUAG